AAGUCGAUCAGCCUCUGGACAUCAACCGAUGCGUCUUGUGAGCUUGCUGACCUGACAGCGGCCUCGUCGUGCGGGAGGGACGGAGGCGCCGGCUUGUUCGGGAAGCCAUGGGCUCUGGGCACGCUCCGUGGCCAAUUCGCACUCACGAUGCGCUUGCUGGGCAGCCGUGGCUGACGGCGCGCGCGUCAUGUCUGCUGUCCGUAAGCUCUUCCCCAGGACGGUACGAGGGGGAGAGUCGCACCUUCCAGCCUUGACUGCCUUUCUUUGUUCCCACGGUAGCUUCGUUCUCGGUUGCUCUCCUGACACUCGAAUUCAUACUAUCCUUUCCGAACAAUGGCCUCCAAAACCCUCGUCCGUCGCGUUGCUGGCGCAUCCUCAGUCUGGCGGGCAGUCUCACGAGUCCGACCAGAGCCACUGCGAUUGGCCCCGAUCUUCGCUCCGCUUCAGUCCCGCUUCACCAGCUCGAACGCUAGACACUCAGAAGACCGCGCACCGUACGAGAAAAGCGAGAGUGUGGGCAACAGAGCACUCAGCCAAUUUGAUAUCAGCGGGAAGGUGUUCAUCGUCACAGGUGGCGGCCGUGGCCUGGGUCUAUGUUUGGCUCAGGGCCUCGUCGAAGCUGGCGGAAGAGUGCACUGUCUCGAUCGUCUGGAGCAGCCUGACCCAGCGUUCGGUGAGUCUGCAGAGCGACUGAAACGCGAAGUCGGAGGCGAAUUGAUCUACCAUCGCGUUGACGUGACCGAUAACGAUGCGCUCGAGACGGUGAUUGCCGACAUUGGGGCAGAGAGACAACGUUUGGAUGGACUCAUCGCAGCGGCUGCAAUCCAGCAAGUCACUCCUGCGCUCGACUACGCAUCCGCCGACAUCGCAAAGAUGCUAUCCGUCAACUACACUGGUGUCUUUCUGUCAGCCCGCGCCUGCGCACGCCAGAUGCACAAGUAUAAGAUACAAGGGUCGAUAUGUCUGAUCGCAUCCAUGAGCGGCACCAUCGCCAACAGGGGCUUCAUUGCGCCCGUAUACAACUCCUCCAAAGCAGCCGUCGUACAACUCGCCAAGAACCUCGCGAUGGAGUGGGGUCGUAUGAAUCCAGAUGGCUCGGGAGGCAUCCGCGUCAACGCGAUCAGUCCUGGGCAUAUUAUGACGCCGAUGGUCGAGGAGAACUUUAGGAGAGGCGAGGCGAGCAAGGAGGAGUGGGAAAACAACAACAUGCUUGGCAGGCUCAGCCGUCCAGACGAGUACAAGGCAGCAGCACUGUUCCUGCUCAGUCGAGCGAGCAGUUACAUGACUGGGUCAAAUGUGAUCAUUGAUGGGGGUACCACGGCCUGGUAAGCGCAACUCUUUGACAUUCUUGUAGCAUAUCUAGCGGUUGGCGCUGGCGUAGUGGGCCUUGAGGCG